UACGACUGAUUAAACGUGGUGUUUAGUUUGAGGAAGAAAUUAAACAAUAUAAUAGAAAACAUCUACAAACCAUUUGUUGGGUCCCAGCAGCCAAUCAGGGGGAAGAACAGCCAGACCCGAACAGCAAUUUGGCCAAUGGUUCAUGGCAAAUGGAUUUACCGCAUGGCAUUCUCAAGAACAGUCCCACGGGAUUGGCAAAUCACAAUGACAACAGUCCUAGGAAUACUGGAAGUACGCCGACAGAAAUCGGAAACGGAAGUGACGUAGGCUCAGACAAUAUGACCAGCGUCUCGGCUACCGGUGUAGGUAGUCGGACGUCGCUGGUCAAAAAAAAGGUUGUGCAUUCCCUGCCCCAAAAUAACACAGUAUUACGUUAUGAUCCAUCGACGGAGUUAACCGAAGCUUUAAUUAUAGGCCCAGAAGAAGGGAAAGGCAGCCAUAUUUCACACAAUGGCGACGCAGUAGGGAUCGGCCAUGAAUGUGAAGAUGAUAGCACACGACAUUUGGCGAAGUUCGAUAGCGAACCAUCAUCCCCAUCAUUCAGACGAAGAUCCAGCCGACCACCACCGACCGCCAGAGAACUGCUUUUUGAUAGUAUUAUGGCAAACCUGAGUGGCAUCUAUGGAAUGUUUUUGACAGUAAUGGGAGCUGUCAUACCAAUAUCUGAGGUUUUCUCUAAACCACAUCCGUUCCUUUUUGAGCUUACAAGAGGCUUCUCGAAGGGCUUCUACUUCUAUCUAUUUGGAAUGAGCAUAAUGUUCUUAUUGUAUGCCUACGUCUACAUUUUACACACCCGGACACUCGGGGGAAUGACAAAAUUUCGGAAAUCAGAAGACAACUUACACUAUCGCAUGAGAUACAAAACCAUCACCGAUACAGGGAGUUUCUACUUGCGACUUGGCGCAGUCGGUUUUGGGAUAGGAAGUAUGAUAAAGAGUGGACUACAGUUUGGAGAGUUCUUUGAGCUUGACUUACGGUCCCCUUGUAUCAACGUCCUACAGCGACUGCUCCCAAUUGUGCAUUUAACAUUCACAUUUGCACAGCUCUACUUUGUCUUUCUUAAUUCCAAGAUGUGUAUCCAAAGUUAUAAGGCAAUUGCACGUUUCGGUCUGAUGCACAUGGUUGGAACGAAUCUGAGUGUCUGGACGCGCGAUCUGGUGAAGGAGACCAUUAGGGAGAUCCAUGAACAUACGAGCAUCAAAGAAAAUAAAGUCCACGCGGCACCAGAAGCAGAACCAUUGACCUACACCGGUAGCGGCAAUGGCUCUGAAUACUCAUUCAAUCAAGACAAUGGUGACCUCAGCGUAAUUAUUUCAUCUACAGGCGGUAUUAACACAAGCUUUCACGCCGGAGUAGACUCUGGCAGUGGUAAAUGCAUCGAGACAAGCCUUAUGAGUAAAGUUGUUGAAGAUGCAGCUCCAUAUUUGUACCCAUGCAGCAUCCAGUACAGUCUCAUCUGUGCAGGAAUCCUGUAUGUAAUGUGGUCCAACAUCGGAAAGCAACUUCUUUACCAAUCCAGCGACGAAGAGAGUCAGCGCGAGGCUAAGGUUCGAUCUCAGAAGCUAAGUGUCGACUGCUCGUCAUCAAGUCGUGGUUUAUUUAUGGGUAUUUUCAUACUGGUGUCCGCUGUUAUCUCAAUGAUAGUCUUCUUCAUGCUAAUCAAUAAUCCGUCUUACACAGACGCAGCCAUCCAGCUAGAACAUCUUUCUCAAGUUGUCCUCAAUGUAAUCGCAUCUAUAGCACUCAUCCUGGCCUUCGUCAGGAUGAAAGAUUUACGAUUUAGUUUGAAAAGCGAGCUCUCCCUCGAAGAAAUGCUACUAAUUGUCUCGUUACCAGGCGAAUAUAUAUUUGGUUUCCUCAGUAUCAUAGCCAUUGGUGUGGAAGGGAUCGAUCGAAGCGGUUUAAUAAUUCUCCUGUCCAGUAUUCUCGCCAUAUUUGAAUCAUCUCUGCAAACUAUGUUUAUAUUGAAUGGUAUUCGGCGUACAGCUCACACACCACAAUUACAGAGGCAGAAGACUGGACGAGAAUUCAUUACUUUCCUAAUGGUUUGUAACAUAGCCAUGUGGGGUAUCUACACGUUUGAGAUUCACCGCUCCGAGUUCAAUCCCGCACAAAUGCGUUUCUAUGGAGUCAUGGCCUGGAAUAUAUUCACACAUAUUUCUAUACCACUUAUUAUCUUCUUCCGAUUCCAUUCUACAGUAUGUCUCUCGAAUAUCUGGAAACAUGCAUGGAAACGAAAGUCAAAUAGUCAAGAAAGUUUGACAAACCUCAACCAAUAAGGACUACUUUGUGCAAUUAUUUCACUCCUUAUUUCACUUUAGUUUAAUUCCUCUUACCCCACCCCUUGAGUUUAUCCUUUUUUUUUUUUUUUAGUUUACCCUUCAUUAACUUUUUUUAUGGUUAAUAUUUUCCCCCCAACCUCAUAAAAUCAUUUGUUAAAUAAAAAAAGAAAAUAACUAGUUGAAGUAAAAAGGCGACUAAAAUAUGAAAGUGACGUAUAAAGAGUUCAAGAAACAAGAAAAUACAAAAGGGUUGUACUGAAAAAUAAUUGAUUAAUGUUUAUGAGAAGAAUAAGGAACAUUACUACAUCCUAUUCGACAACAAACGUAACAUUCUUCAUCCGAACACUGAAUGAGGUAUAUUUUUUUGUUGGACGUUAGACAUAAAUUCAGAAGUUACGUUCAAACAAGACAUAUAUUUUCUACCACGAGGAAAAAAAACACAGCAUCGAAGUGGAUCAUUAAUAUAAAUGAAUGAGAAAAGAAAAAAAAAAGAAUCUUUAUUUUAAGAACACGACAAAACCACUUUGAUAUAAUAUUUAAAAAAAUCACAGGAUCCUUUAUCGAUUAAUUCACAGUAGUUUGUGUGACAUAAGAUGGUAUUUUUGACAGGAAAAAAAAAAACAAAAAUGAAAACUAUUUUUAUGUUAAAGUUGUCCAUCGUCGCCACGUUGCCUUGGCUUGUAAGGGGAGAUAACCAUGACUGGGGCGGUUUAAAGAAG